CAACAUUAAAAAAACAAAAAAACAAUCUUUCUCCCACCAAACCAGUAACCAUUGAAGCAGACCACAGUUUUGUUCAAACCUCUCACCUUUCGUUGAAGAGUCGAUUCACAGACCUACAAAUCCUUCUCUCCCUCGUCGCAGCGAGCUUUUUCGACUCCCGGAAAGAAAAGGUCGGGUUUUUGAGUCGGAAGCCGAACCGGGUAUUACCACUGUUCAUUAUCUAAGCCAGUAAGCCCUGUUAAAUCUCACAGUUUGACCACCAUCAAUGGCUUGUUCCUUGAAGAGCGUUUUCUGUGUUUUUGGGUUGAACGAGAAUCUGCGUGGCUCGAAAACGAAGGCUGAUUCGGGGAUUUGCGCCUCCUCUGUUUGUUUCUCAACAUCCGGAGAUGCAAACUCGGGAGUCUUCUCUGCUUUAAACAAUGAAAUCAUGGGGAAACCCAUUAUAGGAAAAGGCUCGUGGGAUUGCAGUUUGAAAACCCAUCCUAAUUUCUCUGUUCAGGCAUCAGCUUGUGUGAGCCGAGCCCUUAGAUGGUGGGAGAAGACCAAGGCGCCUAAUAUGAUUCAGAUCCAUUCGGCUCAAGAACUGGUCCGUUCUUUGCUUGAAGCUGGUGAUUCACUUGUCGUGGUCGACUUCUACUCACCCGGUUGUGGAGGUUGCAAAGCCCUUCAUCCCAAGAUCUGUCAAAUUGCUGAGAUGUACCCAAACGCAAAGUUCCUUCAAGUUGAUCACGAGAAGUUAAAACCCUUGUGUCAUAGUCUGCACAUUCAUGUGUUGCCAUUCUUUAGAUUCUACAGAGGAUCGGAGGGUCGAGUCUGUAGCUUCAGCUGUACCAUUGCUACUAUCAAGAAAUUGAAGGAUGCGUUGGCGAAAUAUGGGACUGAACCAUGUAGUUUUGGUCCAGCGAAAGGUUUGGAAGAGACGGAGUUGGGAAAGUUGGCGGCAAUUGGUGAGAUACCCGCCGAUUCGCCAUUGUUGUACUCCAGAACGAGGAAAAUGGAGAAUUUAGUCAUGGAAAGUGAUGAUUUUUCACUUGUCGGAAGCGAGGGAAGUAAUAACAGGGAACUUGAGCAAGCGGUUAUGUGCUGAUCAUCGUUUUUUCAGCUAUCAAGGUUUUUUUUUUUCUUUUGACCUGGAUUCAACUAUCAAGGUUGAGGAUGGAGAAAGAGUGGACCAGGUCCCAUUUUUUUUUUAUUUUAAUUUUUUGGGGUUCUUUUGCUUCCUAAUUAGAAAUUUUAGAGCUUUGAAUUGUAAAUUCUAGUAGUUGUAGUUGUAGCCUUAUAGGGGUAGUUUGUUGGGAGAUCUCGCUAAUGUUUUUUUUUUGGGCGGGGGUUGAAAAUGAGAUCCUAAAACAUGUUAUGGGAGAUGAGUAUUGUAUGUGUUGUUUUUGAAAUUUAUUAUAUGUUCACUUUCGCUUAAUUUACAGUUAGUCACGCAUGCCUCCAUGAAUUGGAUAUCUUUCAUGGACUGAGGUCAUGCAUCAUGAAAUAUGGUUCAGAGUCUAAAUCAAAUAUGCACUCUAGACCUUCUU